UGCUCGUCAUGUCAUUUGUGUCCGCUUCUGUGUGUAAUGUGCUUCACAGCAUCUCCCGUCGCCCUUGGGGAUGCGAAACAGACAGGUAGGAAAAUAUUUAUUUCGAGGUUAUGAGAUUUCGAAUUGGGAGCAAUCUGACGAUGAGCGAGCCGCACUGGACUUUAGACAAUCUUUUUUCCUGAUAUUAUUCGAAUAGGUCUCCUGAAUCUGUCUAUACAUCAUAUUUCGACGAAAAUAUGGCGAAAUCAGACAAAGAAAAGAAGGCGGUUGACUUGUCAAUACAAAGCACAGCAGGUCCAACACCCGACAACCAACAUGACUCAACUUCAACACACUCUGACGACAAAAAGAAAAAAAGCAAGAGCCGAAAGAAAGCAGGAAAAGCGGAACAGGAAGAAACCCACGCGCAAGGCGAUGAGAAGGACGAUAGCUUAGCGGAUACCCUUCCACCCAUCCAACUCGAAUUUGUGGAAAAACCGCAGUCGACACCCGCAGACGACGAGAUGGACGUCGAGAAUGACGAGUUUGAAUUUAGUCUGUUUUCGACAGCGACGUCGGUCGUCAAGAUCGACGAACCUGAACCGCAGACUAGUAUCUUAGCGACCGGCCUUGAGGAUAUACCGCAAGCUCCGGCUGUUGUGGAUAACAAGCGGCCUGCAUCUUAUUAUUUCACCGAUGACUCCGACGAAACCCGAAAACGCCAAAUCGAAUCCUGCGCAAUAAGCGGCCAAGACAUCCUCACCCAAUCAACCCAGCCCUGGCCGGGAAUGAACAAGCCCUGGCGCGUGAUCCACCUACCUCUCAACCCGCCGCGGCUGAUUUCAAAAGCGAAAGCGAAGCCUAGCAAAAAGCGACGAGCGCUGCUGAAAGCGCAGGCCGAGAAACGCGCCGAACGCGCGGAAAGCGCGAAGGGGUUUAAGGAUGGGAAGUUGAGGAAUUGGAAGUUUUAUGAUUGGAGUCGGACAGGGAAAGCGCCGAGGCUUACGCGGAGGCAGAAAGAUGAGAAGUUUGCAAAGCCGAAGAGGCCGUUUAAGACCAAGUUUACCACCUGAUGAGAGAUUAUCAUUUUGUACAAUACACACCAACAAUGCAAAACGU